CCCCAUGCCGACAAGCAUGGCGCUGUCGUCUUCAAGCAAGUAGGAACUGCUCUUCAGCGGGACCCAUUGUUUUAGCGAACCCUCGCGAGACUGUAAGCAGACGUCUUCUCGUGCAGCAUGGCGGCGCUGUAUGAGGGUUACACGUUGUGCGCUCUGCUCAAAACUCCCAAUUCACUCGUUUCAGGAAUUAAUGGAAUUGAAGUAGAUAGCGACAUUGAUCAUGUUGUUGUCACCGAUUCAACAAGAUCGGUCACCCUAUAUAAGGUGUCCGACCAGAAGCCCCUGGGGAGCUGGACCCUCAAACAAGGACAGAGUCUGUCGUGUCCUGCGGUCUACAACGCCGGGACCAAGGAGUAUGUGAGCGUUUCAGACGGAAAGGUGAUCCGGGUUUGGAAAGCAGAAGACCUGCUGUUGGACAAAGCAUUUAAAGCGACGCUGUCCGCCAACGUGUGGAGGGUCCACGCUGUCCCAGGGGGAGGUCUGUUCGUGCUGUUUGUGCGAGGAGCGGUCAGGCUCCUGGACGAUGUCCUUGCUGCCCCCCAGCAGCCCAUAGAGGAGGUUCUUGGCCAGGAGGAGAACAUCAGGUGGAGUGCUACCGUAACAGCAGAGACGCAGCAUUUUGUCAUCUUCACAACAGAACAGAACAGCUGUCAUUUCCUGUACGUGCAGAGACUGAAACCCAACAGCCUACAGAAGUUCAGCCUGGAGCCACAGGGGCCGGCCCCCCAAGAGGCCCAGGCCCCUCUCAGCUUCUCCGCCUGCUACCAGGAGGGCCACAUCCGCCUCCUGUGCCUGUACCCCGACGGCCACGUCUACCAGAGCCUGGUGUCGAUGCGUGGGCCACCUGCCCUGCCCCCAGGGGGUGCUGCCCCCCUGCCCCGGACCCAGCUGCUGGGCCUGCAUGUUGGGGGGGCCCUGCUGGAGGCCGCCUCCGCCAUCUACCUGGACGACUGCCACGUGGCCGUGGUGGGGGCCCCCCACCCUGCGGCCGGACCCGGCACCAACUUCCUUUGCAUCUGGAAUACCAACUUCCAGACUCUCCAGGCUGGGAAGGAAAUUCCAGGCAAAGUCUAUGGACAGCUGUGGAGUUACGCUGGCAAGUUGUUCAUUCCCCACGGAAGGAGUCUGACGGUGAUUCCCUACGAGUGUCCCACCUCUUCCCUGGCCACCGCCCUGGGGAAAUUGAAGCGUGCUGGCAGCAGAGAUUCCAGAGUGCCGGCCUGCGUUCCCUCCUGGAGCUCUCUCCUAGAUGGGAGAACGCCUUCUGACCCCAUCGAAUCAUCCCAAAAUAAAGCAAAACCGGUCCAAGCAUCCUCCGCUGGGCCAGCGGACCACGUCCUGGGGCUGGUGGAGACAGCGACGGUGGAGGCGGUACAGAGGGAGGUGGAGGCCCUCCUCUCCCAUGCGGACCCCCAGGACCUCCAUCCGUGGCUAGGUCAGCUGGCCUGCAGCCUUGUGUCCCGGAGCUCCACCGACCCCCCCUUCUACCCGGCCAGCGGUCUUGCCGCGCUAGUCCGCACUGGCUCCCUCUGUCACAGCGUGUGCCCCGAGCUGCUGCUGCUGGCCCUGGAGAAGAGGGACUACCUCCUGGCUCAGCUCUGCCUGCAGGCCUUCCCAGACGUCCCUGAGAACAUCACCUGCUGCUGCCUCAAAACCUUUCUCAGCGCCCCCGAGGCUGAGGUGCAGACCGCCUGCCUGGAGCCCAGCAGCCUGUCCUUUAUGGAGAUGCACUCCGCCCCUCAAAGGGGCAUUGAGCUGAACGGCUUCACCUCCACGGGAGGAGGACCAGACCCAGAGAAGCCCUCCAGCCCACCAAUCCACACCUGCCCUCUAGGAGUUCACAAAGCUGUCCUUCUCAACGAGGUCAUCCAGACGCCCUACAGCGACGCCUUCCUGCUCCCACAUCUCAAGGACCUCUCUCCUCAACAGCUCAUGCUGUUUCUCCAGUACCUGCACUUCCUCUACUUGCAGUAUUCACAAGACUCGUUCAAGCAGGAGGACAAGUCAAUAGCGCCCACUCUGACCCAGAUCAUGGACUGGGUGUGCCUGCUGCUGGACGCCCACUUUACAGUGCUGGUGAUGACCCCCGAGGCAAGAGGCCUACUGGUGAACCUCCACAUCUUCGUCAGAUCCCAGGUGAGAUUCUGCUCUGAGCUUGGGAAGCUGGAGGGAAGUCUGCAGGAGAUCCAGACCCUGAGAAGGCAGAAGGAGAUGGGCCAGUACUGCAUCCAGGUCAUCAAGAUCUUCUAGAACGUCCUCAAAUCUGUUUGGUUCUUUUUUUAAUAAACUGUUCAUGUCUGCUUUCCAUUCCUUGCCGUUCAAUACUUAAUUUAGACCAGGUGCAGGAAAGGAGGAUUUGGCUGUGAGCCUUUGAAGUUCAAAAGUUGUUGGAGAACCCAGUGGAAGUGAGCAGAAUUUCGAAACUAAACCAUGAAUAGAAGUCCCCUUGUUUCAUUUCUCAACGCUGUUCACCCAACAUGAUUUCCCGAACCAAAAAGGAUUUUGGAUCAAUCAGGGAAACUCAUCCCUGAUUGGUCAAAAAUUAGCAUGUAGCGAUCAAAUUAAAGCAACUAUACCUUACCUACCUUUUCAAAUGAUGCGUGAUUUCUCAAAUAUUUUGUGUUAAUCACAAGACUAGAUGAAACGCAACAAGGGACUGAAAAGGGAAAAUUGUCAUAUAGUCAGAAUCGUUAAAUGAUUUUGAAGUAUUGUUUUGAAGCUGGGUCGUUAUAAAUGUGUAUGAAUGUCAAAUUCUAACAAAUGUGGUUUGCUGAUUUAAAACAUUACCUGAUUGACCAAUAAAAACGACAGUUGUCGGCAGGAUUCAAACCUGCGCUGGAAGAUCCCAAA